AUGACCGGUCGUCAAGGAACCCCUCGCCCACCUACUUCAACAUUCAUUGAACUCCGUCCUCGCACUCGCCAUACGAUCUCUGUUCCGCCCCUCUCGCUAGCAAGUACUGUGUCAGAUUCUCCGAAAGCGAUUGGUGCCCCAGUUGUCACGCCAAUAGUUACGCCUCCCAUUCCUCAUCAUACUCAUACUUCUCACCCCCAUACUCACCCAACACCACCUCGACCACCAACUCCUCCUCAGUUGACCCCAACAAUAACCGCCCUCCGUACGAUCCAAAAGUCCUCGGAUCCAUCUUUCGUCUGUACGAUAUGCUGGUCUCCUCAAUAUUUACCUUCCACGCCCCGGGUCUUGGGGCGAUCAUCUAGAAUCGUCUGUCAUCAAUGUUGGAGAGCGGUGUUGGAUUUAAGUAUCUGCUGGGUUUGUGGGGAAUGCAUUGUAAGAGGUGAUGAGGUAGUUAGUUUGGGAUGGUGUUUUUGGCAUCGAGGAUGUUUUGGGUGUCUGCUUUGUGGGAUGAAGUUAAGAGAAAGGGUUUUGAGGGAGUGUGAAAGUGAGUGUGAGAGUGGGAGGGGAAGGUAUGGGAAUGAUGGUGAGCAUGGAUGUGGAGAUCGAAGAAAAGGAACGGAGUUGGAUAAAAUUCCGCUUUGUGAGUGGUGCGAGACGGAGACGAAGAUUCAGGGGUAUGGAGAGAAGAAGGUGUUGGAGAGGGGAUUGGAAAAUGUGACGAAAUCUGAUGGGGGGCUGACGAGAUGUAGAUUGGAGAAAUUGGAUGAGGAUAAGGGGUUGGGACGGAAUCUGAACCUGAACUUGAAUGGAAAAAAAGAUGUGGUGGUCGGAUUAGAUGGGGAGGAAAGGGAGGAAACGGGACCUGCAUCAUCUUCUGGUAUUCCAGCGACAAAUACGACGAAUAAAUCAUCGAAAUCAUCGACGAUAAAUGAAAGGCAGAUCAGGAAAAUCAUACGGGAAUCUUCUACUCCUCAGGAGGAAGUUGCACUCCUAAGCGACGCCGCCAAAAUGGGUGUAUCCGAAGACGGAAACCCAGACGACUCCACCCAUUCCCACAGCGACACGGAACCCGCCAACUUUGGCCAAGCCGAGCCAUCUACUUCAUCGUCAUCAAUUUCCUCUCCCCCAUUAGACAUCUACGUCUCCAUCUACGACCCUGCUGGUCAAGCAUUCGUGCCUAGUAAGACUAAGCCGCUUCCAAAAUGGAUGACGUUGCUCCCAAAUAAUGUACAUCGCGAACGGGAAGAGGCAGAAGGUGAUGCUAGUCAGAAGAAAUCGCGAGCAGCGGUUUCGAGAGCGAAGCUUCCAGAAGCAUAUGCGGAUGGGGCUUCAUCUACUCAUUCGGAUGAUUGCCCGGGAGAUCAUGGUCCGUUUACAUCGUGUCCGACGGAGCAGGGCGUAACGGAGGUUUCUCCUCGGGAACACUCGGAGCAGGUGACGCCUAAAGGUAUUUUAUUACUGUUCUUCUAUUUCGCAUUUUAUUAUGUACUAGAACGAUCGAUCUUGAAAUAUCUGACACUCCCAGACCGACUCUCCAUCCGAGAACGGGCCAAUUUCGCCUCUGAAACUACAUCAGAUAGUACCCGUCGUCCAUCCGCAUCAACUCUUUCAUCACUCGCCCUACCCAGCCCUCAACAAAAAGCAUUCAAAGUCACCCGUCCCCGCUCCGUCUCCAUCGAGGAAAAGCUUCCUCGUCCACAUCAACAUCCAGCAUCUGCCUAUCGUCGUGCAAAUCGCUCCAGCACCAUGGAAUCCGCCUGCAUCAAACCCAACCGUCUAGUCAAAUCCAUCCAAUACCCCGAACACACACCGCGAGACGUUUCAGAAAGACCGCUAACCCCCUAUCCCAAAAGCGACAAUCCGGAUCCCUUUCAAACCCAGCACAUUUCCUCAUACUCAUCCUCUUCUACUCCCCACCAAAAUUCCAAAGCCACCCUCCUACACUCCCCCCUGUCAAACUUCAUCACACCUCGAAAAGGCUCUUGCUGUGGACUCAGCACCUCCCUCGAAAGCGCAUCGGUAGGAGAAAUAAGAAAACGCGAACGCGGAGAAGCAAGUUUCGACUCCGUGUUUGAGAGUUUUCCGCGCCCGGAAAUCGGGAAGAAUAAUAGUAAUUAUGCGUCGAGUCUCUGUCGCAGUCCGAAAUUGGGGUUUUUGGAAAAGGGAAAUGAGUAUUUGGAGUAUGUGUCGGGAGUUAUUUUGCCGGGGGGAGGGAAAGAGGCGGAUGCGGGGAAAGAGGGGGGGAAGGAGGGGAUUGUGGAGAAGAUUCGGAGGCAGAGGGUUGGGACUGUGAGUCUCGGCCAAGUAGCCCAAAAUGUCAAGGAAGAAAAAGAAAGGAAGCGCGCGGAAACACAAAUUCAAAUGGAAUGGAAUUGGCUCGAUAAUGAAUCUAAAAAUCACACCCCAAAUGCGAUUGUGGAACACGAAGCGAGUGCGCAAGGAGAGAGUAGUAGAAGCUCGAGACGGAAUAGAGGGGUGAGUGAGGAUGAGCUGGGAAAGUUGUCGAGGGAUGGAAGUAGAAUGGGGGGGAGGAGGCGGAGGGGGACGAGUGGGGAGGAGAGGGGACAUGGUAGUAGGGUGGGGAGUAGGAUGGGGAGUAGGAAUGAGAGGGAGAGAGAAAGGAUAGAGAGGGAGAAGAUGGAGAGGGAUAAAUUGGAAAGAGGAGAUGUUAAAGGGAAAGCGAAGGAGAAGCUUGUAGAAGAGGAAGAGAGUGGUAAAAAGGUUGAGGAUGGUGUUAGUGAUGACGUUGACGAGAGUAGGGAACAGUUGAAGAAGGAAUUGAAGGGGUUGUUUGGUGAAGAGUGA